UUCAGUACUAAAAAUUUGGUGAUUUCAAUAUGUUUUGAAACUUGUAAGGGAAUAUCAAAAUUUGCAUUAAACAUUCAUUUCAUUAGAGUACCUAUUUUAAUGUACAUCACACAUCAAGACCGUGUUAGUUACAUAGGUAACACUUUUUAGAAAAUACAUAAAUAAUCAUGUACUCCCAACUGAAGUAACAUUUUUAGUGGAUUCUUGUGCAUUUAUAGAAUAUAUAUUUUGUACUAUCAAUCACAGGAAUAUAUUUCCUAAAGGUGGCAGAAAAUAUUCUGUUGAUCAUGGUUACUUCACUUGCUUUUAGUUAUGUUAUUUCUAUAGUUUCAGGUGAUAAAAGCAAUGUUUUUCAGUAUUGUGUAGUAAACUAUAAGAUUACAAGAAAGGGUAUAUUUAGGUUUAACACUUAGAUGAUAUUUUUGUGAUUGUUUUUUUUUUAUUUGAAGAAUUAAAAAAUCAAGAGUGAAAUUAGUUUCAUUACCAUGGUAUUAUUAUUAUCUUGUUGAAUUUUAAUGGUCUGAUAAUAAUUGUAUGUUCAGGAAGUUCACUUGACUCUGAACUCAAAAAAAAACUUUUACGGGGCAUAGAAAUUAAAUUUUGCUUAGUUGUUUUCAGUGUUUUUAGCAUUCCUUGCUUCAAGUAAGUAAAUAUAAAAUUUAGAAUUCUGUAUUGUUUGGUUCAAUUCUGUAUAAGAAAUUAAGUCAGGCAAAUUAUAAUGCUGUUUUAUCUUCCACUUUUUAGUAAAUCAUGACAAAUAGAAAUGUUACCUCAACAUUGGAUUUGGUAAUUAUUUAUGAGAAUCAGGAUGUACCAGCAGUUGAUUGUUUGUUCAGAAACACUAUAAAAAUCGUUUUAAAAAUUACACCUUUGUUACUGGUAGAGAACAUCUGUUGUAGGAAGGUCUUAUGUUGGAUCCCAUUAAGCUGGUCGUGAUAUUUUUAUCCAAUUUUGAAGAAAGUGUGCUUGAUCCUUUUUAAAAGUAUAAGGAACUUUUGACCAUGCCAGAGAGUUCCUUCUCAGUCCAGUAUGAAAUUUUUAUUUUUGUGUAGUUUGAAUAACCAGAUCAAACCAAAUAUGUUUCUCCUAUUUGUGACAAAUGAAAGUUUUAAAAUUGGCACCUGAAUGAUAGAAAUAAUCUUUCAGAAAGUUUCACAUGUUUUAUUAACAACAAUGGAAUAAAACAGUUUAACUGUUGAACGUCAGAAAUUCCAUGAGCCUAAAAACCUGUAGUUAUUAUUAUUAUUAUAAACAUUCAUUUGCCUAAAUAUUGUAAUUUUUUUGUUAUCAGAGAAAUUCAUGAAUAGUGUUUUGGUGAUAAAACUUCUGAAGAAGCCAUAAAUAGGUUUAAAAUGGUAUAAUAAGUUCAUAUGAAUCAUGUUUUCUUUAUUUUGCAUUUUGUAUACUUUUCUAAAUUAAAAAAAAAAAAGAAUUUUAUUUAAUUUGAUAUGAUAUUAACUGUGUAAAUAGUUAUUAUAGAGGUCAGCAUUAGUGGGUGUAUUACAUGAUUAUGAAGCUAUAAAGAGAAGGACGUAGAUUUUAUUUUAGUAAUACCCAAUACUUUUACUGUUGAAGUUUAAUCACUCGACACUAAUGCUGACUUCUUUUAUUGACAACUUAAAUGUCUCUCUUCCUCUGAGCAGCAGGUCUGCCCUGACUCUAGCUCACUCCCGACAUUACCGUACUGAGACUACAGCGACAAGCAUGCUUUUGAAAGUUUGCUCUACAACAAAACUUCUGGUUUAUUGGCCCAUCCAUUUGAUCGAAAAAUGCUACUGAUUGUACCAAUAUUAGUUAGGGAUGCUGCGCACAACGCAGUAGUUAGAUUUAAAAGUAGUAGGUUAGCUGUAGGUUCAGUACCAAACAAAGGUGAAUCAGUCUGGAGAUGAUUGAUCUCCCGUACAACAUUCAACCGCAAAGGUUUAAGUCUAAAUAUCAUCCUGAAGAAUGUGGUAAAAGAAGAGCAGAUCAAUUAUUUGCAUUGAAACGGCGUUUGGAUGUCUUUAAAGAGCUUUUCCAAAAAGGAUGGGUUGAUGCUGUUAGUAUAGAUGUAGAGAAGUCUGAUCAGAUUAUACGUUUACUUGAUGCAGUUGUGAUCAAACUUGAAGGAGGUUCCGACAAUGACUUAAAUGUUUUGGAUGAACCUUAUGAAGAAGAAGAGAAACCCAAAGAACCAGAGCCUUUCAUUUUGGGUGACAGUGACAUCAAAGAGGAGAAAGAUAAAGAAGAAAAGGAUCUUUCUAAGCCAUUACAGAUGACCAUCUCAUCUGAACAGAAAGAACUACAGAAAAAAGCUAAGGAGUAUUUGAAGAAUAAGCAGAAGAAGAGAACAGAUGAAAAGAAAAGAAAGCGAUCACUUGACUCUUAUAGUUUUGAUGAAGAUGAGGAAGAUAGCAGUGAAGAAACGGGAAGCGAAUCAGAACCAGCCCCACCAGGUCUUGAAGAUGAAGCCACUGCAGAACAGGGAGACACCAAGGCUAAACCAAAGAAGAAGAAAACGAAAAAAAAAGUAGAUCCUAAAUACAGUUCUGAAAGCAGUUUAAGUAAAGAUGAGGAUGAAGAUGAGUUGGAAGAGAAUGAGAAAAGAGUAGAAAAACCAGGUGACAAACAAGGUAGUCCCGAAGCAGAACAAAUUGAGGAUAACCAAGAUAAUGAUAAAAAUGAAGAUGGAAGUUUAAAUGAAGAAGAAGAGGAGAAGAAACCUGAAGAUGAAGUGGAAAGCAAGAAAGAUGAACCAGCAAAGGAUGAUGGACCUCCAAAACCAAGACCUCUUCAUAAAACAUGUUCCAUUUUUCUUAGAAACUUAGCUCCUACAAUAACAAAGCAAGAAGUAGAAGCUAUGUGCAGAAGGUACCCAGGUUUUCUUCGAGUGGCUAUUGCAGAUCCACAGCCUGAUCGGCGUUUUUUUAGGAGGGGGUGGGUAACAUUUGAGAGGUCAGUGAAUAUCAAAGAAAUCUGCUGGAACCUCAACAACAUUCGGCUUCGUGACUGCGAAUUGGGGGCUAUUGUUAAUCGAGAUCUAAGUAGAAGGAUUCGUUCUGUGAAUGGAAUAGCUUCUCAUAAGCAAGUGGUUCGAUCAGACAUCAAGCUAGCUGCCAGAAUCAUCCAGAACUUAGAUGGUCAAAGAAACCUGUGGGAUGAAGGGGAACUCAAAGAAGAGCCUGAAAAACCAACAUUUGGUCUUGCAUCCAAAAACCCAUUGCUAAAGAACAUCACAGACUACCUGAUUGAAGAAGCAAGUGCUGAGGAGGAAGAACUACUAGGGACAUCUGGACAAGAUGAGAGACGAGAUCAAGAAGAGGGAGGUUCUACAUUGGAGAGAGAUGACACAUUGAUUAAGGUAUUGGAUCGAUUGCUGCUCUACUUGAGAGUGGUUCACUCAAUGGACUACUAUAACCACAGUGAGUAUCCUAGUGAAGAUGAAAUGCCCAACAGAUGUGGAAUCAUGCACGCCAGAGGCUCGCCACCUUCCAGUAAAGUCACACAACAAGAAAUUAUUGAAUACAUUAACAGCUUUGAACAAAGAGUAACACCGUAUCUUCAACCUGCUAUCAAAAUAUCUGAUGAAGAAUCUGCAAAAUUAGGCAAAAAAGACCCAGAAGCUGAAGUUGAGAAGUUUGUGCAGUCUAACACCCAAGAACUUGCUAAGGAUAAGUGGCUCUGCCCAUUGUCAGGGAAGAAGUUUAAAGGGCCAGAGUUUGUGCGCAAACACAUAUUUAACAAACAUGCUGAGAAGGUGGAUGAAGUAAGGAGAGAAGUGGAAUACUUCAACAAUUACCUUUUAGAUAUCAAGCGACCCCAGCUUCCUGAACACCCGUCCAAUAGGCCUAGUGGAGGGGGUAAUCGGGGGGAAGGUCAUGGAGGACCAUAUCAUGGUGGAGGAUACCCUGGUCCUCCCCCUUUUGGUGGCUAUGGGGGUCCCAGGGGCCCAGGCUUUCAUGGUGGCUAUGGUGGGCCUGGAUUUGGAGGAAGGAGUGGUUACUCUGAAAUGUACAGACAUUCUGGAGGCUUCAAGAGAAACUAUGGACGAAGAAGUCCUCGCUCAGAACCAAGAAAAAUCAUCACAUACAGAGACCUUGAUGCACCAACAGAUGCUGACAUCUUGUAGUGAUUGAUAAUCAACUUAAUUCAUUUAUUAUUCUCAUUUCUUAUUUGCUUUUUUAAUAAAAAUCAUCAGAAUCAUCACCAAAUAGCACAGACAUCCCACUGAAAUUGUUUCAAAAAGGUAUUAAAAUUGUUUAGAUAACCAC